ACAGGCCCAGCGGCGGAACGGGCGGCAUGGCGGAGGCCUCGGGUUGUGCUGGGCCCUCUCUCCGCUAUUUCUGCACGGCCGGCCGGGGCCUGGAGCCCUUCCUGCUUCGGGAGGUGCGGGCCCGGCUAGGGGCCACGCAGGUGGAGUAUGUUUCAGGAAAAGUAUUCUUUACCACCAAUUCUGAGUUGAGUAAAUUGAAGAUGCUGAAGUCUGGAGAACGAUUAUUUUUGCUGCUGAAAAAACAUGCACCAAUUUCUCUCUCUAGAAAUAAAGGAAAAGUAUUUCAUGAAAUUCAAAAACUUGUAACUGAGGACCCCAGAUGUUGGCUGGAUAUUAUUUCCAUUUGGAAACAUCUUCAUGGAAAUAGGGUCAAACAAGGAAACAUCUCUAAAGAAAAUCCAAAAUCCCUAAAAAGAAAAUCAGAAGAAGAGAUAAGUAUCAUAACAAAAAACCAGAAGAGAGAGCAAAUAUUAGAGACAGUUUCUGAUGAAUGCCACGUGGAAGAGCAAAAGAAAAGUGUGGUACUAGAAACAAACAACAACAUGGAUUUGUUGACUGAAAGCAAAACUUUUCUAGAAGAUACAUCUGAAAGUAGAAUAGAGAAAUCCGUUGAAAGCAAUAACCGCAGCUUCAGUUUCAGAGUUUCUUGUCGCUGUAGUGGAACAAUUGCAAAAGUAUUUACUUCACAGGAGGUGGGAAAAGUACUUGGAAUAACUCUUAUAAAACAGCUUGGAUGGAAAGCAGAUUUGAGAAACCCUGAUCUAGAGCUCUUUGUACAUCUAAAUGAUAUUUACUCGGUGGUGGGGAUUCCUGUCUUCAGACUUCCACUGGCGACCAGAGAGUAUAUCCGAACUGCAGGACUCCGAUCUACUGUAGCGUGGGCUAUGGCAUCUCUUGCUGAAAUCAAUGCUGGUGCAUUUGUUUUAGAUCCUAUGUGUGGAUUAGGAACAAUACUCUUGGAAGCUGCAAAAGAAUGGCCUAAUGUACAUUACUUGGGUGCUGAUAUAAAUGAUUCACAGCUACAAGGUGCACAUGAAAACAUUAAGGCUGCAGGCUUGAUGGAUAAAAUUGAGUUACUUAAAGCAUCUGUCAUAGCAUUGCCAUUACCUUCAGAAAGUGUUGACGUUGUGAUAUCGGACAUUCCAUUUGGGAAAAAGUUCAAGAUAACAAAAGACAUAAAGCUUCUACAAAAUAUUCUUCGAGAAAUGGAAAGAGUGCUUCAUGUUGGAGGGACAGUUGUCUUACUUGUGAGUCAAGAUCUCCACAGGCACAUGGGUGGCUGUAUUAGCAAUUGUGUUGAAAAUGACACCUCUUUGAACGCCACCAGUGGCAACAAGAAGGGAGCUGCUGUGGUGAAAGACUUGAAUCCCGAAGAGAAAAAUCAGAGUCCAAGAAGUAUUUCCUCUUCAAUUACAGGUGUAGAGACUGAACACUUCAACAAUAAAACUACAUGCUUUGGGUCUUUGGCAGCAGUAGAAUCCUAUGGAGUUAGCCUUGGGAAAACAGAUGCUUUCAUAUACAAAUAUAGGAAGAUACUUGCUGCUGGAAUGCAGUAGCAUUCUGAAAGUGAACAUGGAUCUUAUUUGAAAGUAUGGUCCUAAUUUGGGGCCAUAUAGUGCCACUGGUAACCAAAUGUAUUUCGACAGUUUUACAGCAUUCCUUCCCCCCGCCCCCAAUCUAAUGCUUUCUUUGCUAAAGAAUUCAGUAGUCACAAGAUGGCAGAGACAAUCCUCCAACAACGUUAAGUUGGCCACAAUAAAAUACUGAAAUGAGGCCAAAUCCUGAGAUCCUUACUCAAGCAAAGCAUCCAUUUACUUAAGGAGAAAAACCGAGCAAAGGCCUCAUGGUUUGGUCCACACUCUUCUAGGAGUGAUUUGCAUAGGAUUUAACUUGCUGCCACUACGGUGGAACUAUGUAGGUUUGCUUUCCUAAACAUUUACCUAGUCAGAAUAGGAAACAGAUGCACUCUGUCAGAUCUGUUGAUUGUAUAUUGAUUAGUAAUAUAAUUUAGUUUCCCCAAUUAGCACUGGAAUUUGAUAGGUUAUUGUACCAAGAUAAGGCAAAGUAUUAUCAGAACUCCUGUUCAGUUGGGAGCCUGAACGUACAUGGUUGCAACACUCACACUUAGGAAAUCACACUGUAUUUAUAAUAAUUUUAUAAAUACAGUUAGCAAAGUCACAAACACUCUAAACCCUGCAAGGGAGGUAGAGAUAGUACAGAAUGUGCUGAGCAUCCAGAUACUUACACCAUCCCUUGCAAAACAACCUGCAGUGUUAGUUAUCUUCCCGAUCAGUCAUCAUCUUGGCAUCUCUCAAGGCAUACAAGAUGGGAUACAACUUUUAUAAUGUGUUACACUUAUGCCACUAUGCGCAAUGCAAUACUCAGGAAAGGUUUCAGUCCCUUUUCCUUAUUUGUAGUUCCUAUUUGUUCUAUUUGUAGUUCCUCACCCUAAUGCUGGGAUGCCCUUCUCCCAUAGAUUAUUAAUCCUUUUACCUCAAUUUUAUUAGCAUAUAGUUCAGUCAGUUACCAUGGCAUUCUUGUUGUCAGACAGCUGCUGAUGUCCCUAGCUUAAAAUAUCUCAAGAUGCUAUAAACUAGCAUCUCGUGGUUACUUGUCAACAGUUUAGUUUUUACAGCAUUUUAUUGUUUAAAAUCAUUAUCUAGGGUUACUUUUGGUUAAUUACCUUAUGCCUUAAUGUAGCUAAACUAUUGUCUUACUGGCCUUGUAGGCUCAUUGCAUUAUUGCCUUAAUUUACACUUAAGCCUCACCUUGUAAAUAUCUAUACCUGUAGGCUUCAGCACUAAAGGGGAUUGGAAGUCUUUACUGAAGUGUCUCUUAUGAAUCAAUUUUUUUUGUAGCAAUUACUUAAACAAAAAUGUGAUGUAAAACUACUAAAACCCAUUUCUAUUUUACUUUAGGUAUAUACAAUCUUUUAAUGUUAGAAUAAAUCUAAAUAUCUAGUGUUCUGUUGGUAUGAGAUCAGCACAGUGCUACUCAUGUUCUUUUGAAUAGCUAUUGCAGUUUUUUUUUAUUGACAUUAAACAGCUCAAGGUUUAA